UUUUUUAAUAUUCUUUAUUUGGAAUUUCACUGACUGCAAGCAGUGUCUCCUGCCUUUGCUCUGGUCAUGUCUUCACAAUAACAUAUUCAAUUUAAAUAUUCCAGAUUUCUGCCCAAAACCAUGGUCAAUUAUUACAUCCAGGGUAAACGUUUGUAAAGUGAUUAGGGGAUUUAUCGUCUUCUAACUUUGUUCAUGUUUCUGCUCUUUACCUCAUCAGUAGUGUUAGGAAUUUUAAGGCUGUUUCAUCCGAUUUAAAACUAGUUAAAAUCAUUGAGUGAUGUGUGGUAUGUAACAGAGAGGCGUGUCCGAUUGAAACGCUUCUGCGUGACGUCACGCCAACAUGGCGGCCUCCUUGACUCGCUUGCAUCACAUUGCACUGCACGUCUCAAACGUGGAUAAUGUUGCUCAGAAGCUCGUGUCCCAGUUCCAGUUUAAUUUGUUUGCGGCCAGAGUGACAGACCGAGUGAAGCAGCUCGCACUCCGCAGGGGAUCGGCCGUGUUCGUGGUCAACGAGAGGCCGAACGAGCCGGUGACCGAAUCUCAGUCACGUGGCUGGAGUUCCGUGGCCGCUCGAGACCACCGGGACCUGAGAUGUCUCUACGGGGCGCAUGCGCACUACCCGGUGGACACCGUGAGUAACGUGUGUUUCGAGGUGGAGUGCGUGGAGCGCGCGUCGCGGGCGUUGCGGGAUCAGGGUCUCUGCGAGUUCCUCCAGCCGCCCACCGAGGUCCGCGAUGCCCGCGGGCAGGUCUGCUUCUCCGUGCUCCGGUCCGCCGUGGGGAACGUGUGCCACACGCUCAUCGACUGCUCCCGGUACCGGGGUCUGUUCCUGCCGGGUUUCAGCGCCGUCGAAGCGGGGUCGCAGACCGCGGAGCGCGCGCACUGUCCCAUCAGCCACUUCGAUCACAUCACGUACGCGUGUCCCCGGGGCAGCACGGCACUCCUCACCCGCUGGUACCAGCAGAACUUCGGCUACCGGAGGUUCUUCAUCGACAGUGACGAGUCCGAGGAGGCGGGGUACGUGCUGAACCAGGACGAGAUCGGGCUCCGGCUCAAAGCGAUGGAGUCGCGAGUCGCUCCGCCCAGCACAGACGAGCUCGAGCCCGACUGCAAGUUUGUGUUUGGAGAGUCUCUUCCUCAGCAAGGCAGUAAUCAGAUGGACUCGUUCCUGCAUCAGCACGGAGGAGCAGGUGUGCAACACAUCGGGCUCUACACCCAGAACAUCGUCAGGACCGCACACACACUGAGACUCGCGGGAGUGCAGCUCUACUCUCCUCCAGCCGCGUACUACACUGAGGUGGGAAAGCUGCAGGAGAUCCUGGACGCGGGGCUCGAUCCUCACACACUGAGCCGGUACGGGAUUCUCCUGGACACUGAUGUUCGCACACACCGAGACAGCCGGAUCACACACAGUCAAAGGCUCCUGCUCCAGGUGUUCACGAAGCCCUUGUUCGGGGAGAACUCCUUCUUCCUGGAGCUCAUCGAGCGCAGAGGAGCCUCGGGCUUCGGCGAGGGGAACAUCCGAGCGCUCUGGAGAUCUGUGCAGGACGAGGAGCGCCGGAGCGCAGGACGAGCGUCACACACCGCUGACAUCUGACACACACACACAUCUGAGUUACACUUACAGUCUGCAGUGCGAGUGGGAACUUGUGUGUGAAAUGCAUGUGAUUCUGUCCUUUUUACGGGAUUUUACCAUGUUUGACUGUAACAGUCUUCAGUUCAGGGAGCUUCUAUUAUUAUUAUCAGUGUUUGUGAUGUAUAUGAUGUAUUUAUUCAGCAGAACUGAACCUGUACUGUAUAACUGUAAACCGCUGUAAUACUGUAUGAACCCUGUGUUACAGUGACUGUAAUAUCAGCUGUACUGUUGAUCUGUGUGUCCACGGACGCCGGAAACACUGAAAUAAACAUUAUAUUUUAAUAACAUUUA